CCCGAGUUCGCUGUCCCCUACUUCAUCUACGACAUCUACGCCAUGUUCCUGUGUCACCUCCACCGAGGGCUGGUCAAGGGACACGAGGUGGGACCUUCACCUUCUCUGAGAGCUUCUCUGCUGUCCUACCUCCGGAAAGAUCUCAUGAUGGUGCUCCACCACGUCGCCAUGGUCUUCGUCUGCUACCCCGUCACCGCCUUCUGGCGCGAGGGGAAGGGUGACUUCUUCUUGGGGUGUCUCCUGAUGGCCGAGCUCAGCACCCCCUUCGUCUGCCUCGGCAAGGUCCUCAUCUUG